AUGGCACUCAAAAGGAUUGGUCUUGGAAACGUUGUUGGAGCCUAUGAGAUUGAUGCACUUAGUGCCUUGACUGCACAAGUAGCUAUACUAACCAAAAGAUGCCAAAGAGUGGGUAAUAUAUCAAGGAGACACGAGAUGCCUCUCAACAACUUCCUUGAAAUAGAAAUUUUUGAUGUGUGGGGUAUUGACUUCAUGGGUCCAUUCAUACCUUCAUACAAUAAUAAAUACCUCUUAGUUGAUAUUGAUGAUGUCUCUAAAUGGGUUGAAGCUGCAACCUUUCCUCAUAAUGACUCCAAAGUGGUGAUGAAUUUCAUCAAGAAAAAUAUUUUAACUCAAUUCAACAUUCCAAGGGCAAUUGUUAAUGAUGAGGGUAGUCACUAUUGUAAUAAAUAUUUUGAUGCACUUCGUGCAAAAUAUGGAGUUAAACACAAGGUUGCAAUGGCUUACCAUCCUCAAACUAGUGGUUAA